CGGAAUGGCAGCGGAGAGCAUCGAGUCAGUUGGUGUAGAGACCUCACCAAGUGCACCCGCCUGCGUGUCUAAUGUCAGCCCGUCCCGACCUGUCAAUCCGCUCGACGUGUCGUCGGUAUACACGCGUUAUCCGAUAUUUUAUCCAUUUACAUUUCGAUACGGGAGAUGUAAAAUGUCGCGGCGAGACGCCGUAAGGCAAAUCGGCUCGUGAUAUGAUCGGACUAUUUGGCAAAAGUCUCUCGGGCGAGUCGACGACAUCACCCGCACGUGCCGUUCUCCUGCGCGACUUUGUUUAUUCGGCAGCGGGAUAAACAAAACGCCCGCCAGUGUUUCUAAUCAUUCUCAACGAUUCAAAUGACGAUUUUCACAAUUACUGACCGCCAGUGUUAACAAAAAGUUUCUAGUUUCCUUCCUGGAUUUAUGUCUUCUUUCCCGCCUGCAAUGAUGUCGUACGAUUAUCCUCAUCCGGUCUCGAGAACGUACCAGUACAAGAAGAUAACAAAGCCGCUUUUGGAAAGGAAGAGGCGUGCGCGGAUAAACCGUUGCCUCGACGAACUCAAGGACCUCAUGGUGGACGCACUGGAGACCGAGGGCGAGAACAUUAGUAAGCUGGAGAAGGCGGACAUCCUCGAGCUGACGGUGCGUCAUCUGCAGAAACUGCAGGCCUCGCGGCCCUCCGGAUUAUCGGCAGCGAUCGCGAGCGGCGACGAAAUUUCCGCGGAGAGCCGCUGGCAAUCCGGCUUCGGGCACUGCGCGGCGGAAGCCUGCAGAUUUCUCUCAUCGCUUCCAGGUGAAGCCGCGGAGAGGCUGGCGAGACACCUCGCAGCUGGUCUCCAAACGGGCCGGCAAACAAAUUCACCGCCGAAAGCCAACCUGUUAUCGCCUACCCUGGUCAAUCUGGAUCGCAUCGCCAACGUCGUGGCACCUUGUCCCGUCGGCACCUCCAGCGAAAUUGACUCCGCGAUACACUCCACGAACGCAUCGUCGAUAAGAUCCACGCAUCACGCCGAUAAAAUUGUCGGCGGAAUCCACGACGCGGGUGCGUCGACGACGACGACGGCAACGACAACGACGACCGUUUCCUCCACACCUCGAUGCCGGGCCUCGAUGUCGCUCGUCAACGGCGAUGAGAAAUUAUCAGUAAAUUGCAGUGCCAAGCCGAAGAGUCUGAGGGACCGGAGACCGCCGACGAUGGCAACGACAACGACGAAGAAUAAAACGAACGACCCGCAUGACGCCGAUGACGAUGAAGAAAUUGACGUUGAGCGCGUGGAUGAUCACGACCCAAUGUGGCGACCAUGGUAACGCGAGAAGAAACUUUGUAAUAAAGGACCCACGAUGCAUUCCUUGGACUGUUUGAAAAGUUAUUUUAUUUUACCCGUUAUUGUAUGUUUAUCGGAAAAAAUAAUUUACUUCCUAAUGAAAAUCUUAGGCGCUGAUAUGAAUAUUCCGUUUGCUAAUUGAACGUAAAGAAUGUGAGCUGCGAAAUUUAUUCUUCAGUUACUUAGGUUUACAUCGUUUGAAAGACUUAAUUAGAAGCAAGCAGUAAGUCUCUGAUUAUAAUGUAUAUAGAUAUUUCUUAACAGAUUGCAGUUGAGAGUUACGGUGAGAAAUAAAGAAAAUAGAGAAAAGUUUUCAGAACCACGCAUAUACAUAUACGGCAGAGAAUAGUAGAGUUUUUAUUCAAGAUUAAGUUUAAAAGAUUUUUUUUGAUAAUUCUUUUAAAUGUUAAUUUUUUAUUUUUAAGUAUUUAAGUAUUAAUUUUUAAUAAUUUAAGAGAGCAGAAAAGACGAUGCAUAUAUAAUUUUAUGUAGUUUGCCAAGUUUGUUCAAUAUCUUCGUUAUUUUAAAUGCUGGUUGCAAUACACUAUAUACUAUAUGUACGUUUAAACAGAUUUUUUUUUUUUUUUUUUUUUUUUUUUUUUUUUAUAAGAAAUAUUCCGUAUAUUCUUUUUACUCGUGUAUAGAUACUUCGAGAUACCGAAAUACUUUGGGAAACUAUGCAACACAUAAUUAUACUUCUUUUCAAAUUCCUGAAUUUUUGCACGAUUAGAUUUAACAUGUAAAAUAUUUAUUAUGUUUACCGUAAGUUCUAUACGUCAUAAAACAUAUGCACCGUGUCGAUACACUCAUAGAAAAGACUUCUGGAUUCAAUGCUAUUACUCUUCUAUGUAUCAUAAAAUAAUAUUGAUAUAGGGACAAUUAUAAUUAUUGUUGGGAGUAGAAUAUUUUAUUCUUAAUUUUUUUCUGAGAGAGUAGUUGAAUCAGAAACACAACGUAUCGACCAAAAAACUGUCCAAUUAUUAGAAUGUUCCGUUUUUGCAGAGCUAUUCGGUAUCCUCUCUAUGUAUAUGACAUAACAUUGAAAAAGAAAAAUUAAUAUCGUCGUAUAAAAUGUCAAAUGUAUUUUCAAUAUAAAUAUUUUUCGAAUUUUUCUAUAAGAUUAAAUUAGCUUUCGUUAUACAAUUAAACGAAGUGGUUGCUGUAAAACAAACGUCGCACAUCAUCUAUAAGACAUCAAAUUUUUUUCAUAUCUUGGAACAUUUAUAAUUCGAUCUUAUUUAUUACAUGGCAAUUUUAUCAUUCCGUCUGUCGUACGCAACCGUACUUCUUCACUUAAUCUUAAAAUGGAUAUGCGAUCAAGCUAAUAAGAUCCCUAGAUCGAGAUCUAAAAAAAUAUCAUCGAUAUCUAAAAUUACGUAAUAUUAUGCUAAUUCUGUGUUACUUUGGUACUUGGCUUUAAAUCGGUAGAUAAUAGUUUAUCUUUAGAUAAUUCAUUAUUACUUACGAUUAGACUUGUGAUAUGUUAAGAGCAAUUAUUUUAAUUGUUCAAGUAUUUUAAUUUAAGACAGAUUUAUAGACUAAUAUCAUCGUUUUCAUCUGUUUUAUUAUUACAACGAAUUAAACAUACAGACGCACCUUACUUUUAUUAUAAUCACUACUGCAUAAUUCGUUAUGCUACGAGCUGUUCAUUUAAAACGUACAUCUUUAUUGCAUUAACCUAAGGAGAGUAUUAUAAUUAAUUUUAUAACAUAGUUUAGUAGAGUACGAUUAUUUGAAAGAAACAUAUUGCCCUAAAUUUAUUUAUGUUGAUGUACACGUUGCUGUUAACAAAUAUACUUCGUGCGUGAUUAAUCUGUGAUAGCGAUAAGAAAUUCAAUAUUAUAUAUGACUUCAAAGAUUUUUAAUAAAACCUUUAAACCCA